AUGAGCAGCCAGAACUCGAGCUUCUCCUCCAACAGCAGCGAGGGUGCUGCUUUGCCAUGGAUCCUGGAGCAUCUGCUGGCCUAUCCCGGCAGCUAUGAGAUCCCCCUGCGCACCAUGUACACUCUCAACUCGUCUCCUCGAACAACGGACCUGGCCAGUCUAUCAUCCAGCUUGGCUGGCUCUGCAUUCUCUCGACCGGCAGCUACUCCAUCUCCCGCCAGUACCGCGCCUUCAUCUCGCCAUGAGAAACAACCUCGCCACGAGAAACAGGGAUCAAGUGACUCGGGCAUGUCAGACACUGCUGCCAGAUUCAAGGCCCAGAUGAUGGCCCAGAUUGCGCAGCUACCUUCACAGCCAGCUUCUCUACCACCGAGCUUCAUCACUUCUUUUGUUCGGCGGUCUUUCCCUCCUGUCUUGGAGGAUGUCGAUUUCCCCCAGGCUCUCACGGCACUGGAUUACCUCAGAGACCUGGAAAACCGCCGCAAGAGAGAAGUCGUCAACGCAUUCGACAGACUCGGUCUUACCGGAACCGACAAUGAGAGAUAUGAACUCUCAAAACGGUAUCCAGGAGUGCUCGCUUGGGUCAAGGCGAUUGAAGAUAACGAGAGACGCGUGAUCGCCCUUUAUACCCAGGUCUAUCUCCGCAUCAGAUGUUGGGCUCUCGUCAACGAAAUGCUUCUCACUCCAUUUAAUAGGUACAACUGUAUCGCAUUAUUAAACACUCUUUUCCCUCCAUUGGAUUCCAGGCCACCCACUCCACAUCUUAAUGGGAAACUACUACUGGAUCAUCGCAUGCGUUUCUAUGACUACAUCUCCUCCUUUGAGAAAAAGGGCGUACAGGUGCUGAAACAUGUCAUCGAACAAGAUAGACGGCCUGGUGAGAAGACUGGUUGGCCCGUCGCAAGAGACAUGAUCGACAGUUACCUCAACCUGGCGAAUAGCAUUAUCAACCAAUGUUCCGAAGUCACCGGUUGCCAGCACUUUGAAGAUGCCGCCGACGCUGGACAACGAAAGGGAAGAAAGGUCGACUCAGGCAUCAGCUUCACAUCGUCCGAACGCCCAUCUACAAGCGGCAGUUCUAGCAGCAGCGACAAAAACUCGACAAAACCAUCCACGCCACAAUCGCAAAUCUCCCAGCCCAAGGCUUCGAAUGGGUCGACUCUAGAGAGGAUCGCACGGGAAAUCAAGAAACUAAAAUCGCGCGGCGACCUUAGGGAGGCGGUAAAGGAGCCCAAGCGACCAAGCACCGUUAAGAAGAUGAAGUCUUCCAGCCUCCUAAGGGAUACCAUGCGAAGCUUGUCCAUGAGCGACGAGCCAUCCUUUGACCCAGACAAAUUCAAACAACAGAGAAAACAGUGGGAGGCAAAGAAUGCUCACAAGCUCAAACAAACAGCCGAAUGA